CUCCGCGGUGAGCUCCGGGGUGUUGGAGGGCGCACGGUGCCGCAGGCGGCUAUAAUUAGCAGCGUCCCCGGUGCGCAGGCAGCAUAUGCUGAAACCGGAGCGGGGGAGGUUUUUGGAUCCUCCACAGCACACACACACACACACACACACACACACACACUUCCGUGUUUAUCUGUCACCGUAAAGCAGGAAGCACUGUAGUAAUGAGUAGGAGUUGAUGAGCCGUCCUGCUGCUGGUGGUUUCCUACAGGUGAACAGAAAGCAGCGGGGGAGACGCUCCAUGGAGGCUAACUAACUGAGCCCGGAUCAGUCGGUGCUCGGCACACACACGGGGACUGCGGUACAUCAGCACCGAAAUGCCAGCCGGAGUCUGUGGUUGCUGUGGGCCGCUGAGGCCGAGGUACAAACGCCUGGUGGACAACAUCUUCCCUGAGGACCCCAAAGAUGGCCUCAGUAAAUCGGACAUGGAGAAGCUCACCUUCUACGCAGUGUCGGCUCCAGAGAAACUGGACAGGAUUGGAGCUUACCUGGCCGAGAAACUGAGCAGAGAUGUGGUGCGACACCGCUACGGGAACGUGGUGAUAGCCAUGGAGGCUCUGGACCAGCUGCUGAUGGCUUGUCACUCUCAGAGCAUCAAACCCUUCGUGGAGAGUUUCCUGCACAUGGUGGCCAAGCUGCUGGAGUCCAGAGAGCCAGACCUGCAGGUCCUGGGCACCAACUCGUUUGUGAAGUUUGCCAACAUCGAGGAGGACACACCGUCCUACCAUCGCCGCUACGAUUUCUUUGUGUCGCAGUUCAGUGCCAUGUGCCACUCUACUCAUGAAGAUCCUGAGACCAGAACCAGGAUCCGCGUGGCCGGGAUUAAAGGUCUUCAGGGUGUGGUGAGGAAGACGGUGAACGACGAGCUGCAGGCCAUCAUCUGGGAGCCACAGCACAUGGACAAACUGAUCCCAUCCAUGCUGUUCAACAUGCAGGACAGCGACGACCUGGACAGGGUGGGGCACCCCAGCACGCCAUCAGGGGUGGGUCAGGAUGGCGAGGAGAACCCGGCGGCGCUGGCUGAGAACUGCUUCAGGGAGCUGCUAGGCCGGGCGGCCUACGGGAACAUGAACAACGCUGUCAAACCCGUGCUGGUUCACCUGGAUAACCAUCACCUGUGGGACCCCAACGAGUUUGCAGUUUCCUGCUUCAGAAUCAUCAUGUACUCCAUCCAGGCUCAGCACUCGCACCACGUGAUCCAGCAGGUUCUGAGCCACCUGGACAACCACAACAAGAACACGCCGCGGGUCAGAGCCGGCAUCGUCCAGGUCCUCCUGGAGACGGUGGCCAUCGCCGCCAAAGGCUCUGUGGGUCCCACCGUGCUGGAGGUGUUCAACACUCUGCUCAAACACCUGAAGAUGAGCGUGGACUUCGAGCUGGGCGAGAACUCGAGGAGGAACUCCAGCUCCAGCGUUUCGUCUGCCCGCGGUAAAGAGAGCGAAGAGCGGAUCGUCCAGAACGCCAUCAUCCAGACCAUCGGAUUCUUCGGUGGAAAUCUGCCAGACUACCAGCGAGCUGAAGUCAUGAUGUUCAUCAUGGGCAAAGUGCCAGUGUACGGGACCCCCUGCCACGCCUUGGACACCGCCCAGAUUGGACAUCAGGGAACCAAGCGGAUCCAGACCAUGCUGCUCAGCUCCCUCAUCAUGGUGACCUCUGGCUUCAAAUCUAAGUCCAUGGCAGCCGCAUUGCCUCCUCCCUUCCUGGACCCGCUCUUCUCCAUCUCUCUUAUGGAGGACAGCGAGCUGAGGCAGCUGGUGCUUGAGAUCCUGCACAACAUCCUCGACCGCCACGACAAUCGCGCCAAGCUCCGCGGCAUCAGAAUCAUCCCUAAUGUCUCAGCACUGAAGAUUAAAAGAGAGAAGAUUUCCAAGCAAGACGUCGCAUUCAUGAAGAAGCACGGCCAGCAGCUCUACCGUCACAUCUAUCUGGGCUGCAAAGAGGAAGAUAACGUCCACAAAAACUUCGAGCUGCUCUUCACCACCCUCGCCAUUCUGACCAUCGAGCUGGCCAACGAGGACGUGGUCAUCGACCUCAUCCGGCUCGCCAUCGCUCUGCAGGAAAUGGCUCUGAUCAAUGAGGAGAACCUGCCCAUGUUUAUUCGCUGCGGCAUCAUGGCGUUGGUAGCGGCGUACCUGAACUUCCUGAGCCAGAUGAUCGCCAACCCGCCUUUCUGUCAGCACGUCAGCAAGGUUAUUGAACUGAGGAACAUGGAUGCUCCUUACCUCCUCCCAGAGCACAUCUUCAGAGACAAGUGUCCGCUUCCUGAAUCUCUGGACAAAGACGACAGCCAGCUGUACUUCCAGACGGCCGACAUGGCCGAGUGUUUGGCCGGACCGGGAUACAACGCGGAGCGGCUGUCCAUCCCCUACGUUCCUCAGGUCACAGAUAAAGACCGCCUGACCCGGAGGCAGAGCUUCGUGGACACCAUUUCCCUUCAAGUGGACAUCAUGUCCAACAGCCUCCCAGAAAAGUCCCACCUGGCCGAGGAGAUCACGUUCGAGACGCUGAAGAAGGCCAUCGAUACCACCGGUUUGGAGGAGCAGGAGCGGGAGAAGAGGCGUCAGGUGAUGGAGAAGUUCCAGAAAGCACCGUUUGAGGAGAUCGCAGCCCACUGCGAGUCCAAGGCGAACAUGCUGCACGACCGGCUGGCUCAGAUCUUUGAACUAACCAUCAGGCCUCCUCCCAGCCCGUCCGGAGUGGUUUCCAUCACAGCGGGACACACCCAGCAUCAGUCCGUCCCCGUCUACGAGAUGAAGUUUCCAGACCUGUGUGUCUACUGAACGCACACAUCCAGUUCAAGCAACUUUAAAAAUGCGCAGAAAAAACAACACACUCAUACCUGUACUCCGGUUUCCUCUGUUCCAGGUGUGGCAGGGAUGCUGUCAGGGAUCUCAGAACCAGACACGUUUAAAUAUUUCUUCCACAUACAAAAAAUAAAAAAGCUACUUUGAUAAAUGAUUAAAUCCUGUUUCCUGCUCUUCCCAGAGUCUUACAACAAAUCUGCAUUAAUCCGCGCAGCUCUGAUUGGCUACAUUUAGUUUCCUGACGCAUCCCUGAAACCAGACUGGGUCAUCAAGAACAAAAAAACCCACAAACUGCUUCCACUCUGAGAUUUUUAGAGUAUUUAUGCUUCUCCAUCCCAGUCCAGCCAAAGCUUCACUCCUUGUACAUACGCUCUCUUAGAAAAUGGCUAAAAGCAGCCGAGGCUCACACCAUGCAGCUCCUGCCUCCUCACAACUAACUGUCUCUAACUGUAGGUGUCAGUGCAGUCACUGAUUAGUAGGAAUGUGCAAUAUAUAUUAACCGUCAGCUAUAAAACCUGAAAUAUAAUAAGUGGUGGUAGAAAGCAGUUUAGUUUCAGGCUCACUGCUGCUCAGCUGUUUGCUCUAAUCUUCGAUCUUUGCUGUUGAAUAUUUGCUGUUUUAAGGUAAACGUGUCAGAAAUCGACCAGCCGAGUUCCUCAUGAGGUGAUUAAAUGAGAGCAAUACUCGAACUGCCCGGCAGAGAGAUUAAGAAACAAAAACGCUGAUGUUCGGACGGCUCGCUCGUGUUUGGUGAUUGUUUCAGAGAGGUUAGGGCGGGCAUCGCCACCCAGCUCUCAGCUUAGGCUGGAAAAGAUGGAUGUAGCCAGAGUAACAUCACCUCAUAGUUUGUGAAGGCACAGUUGAAAUCGGUGGACCUGUGAGACAGAGAUACUGCAUACACUACUACUACUACUACUACUACUACUACUAUUACUACUACCAGCAACAGGUGCCCAGAAUCAUCAUAGACUGUAUGUAAAAGAUGGAUGUAGCCACCAUGUCAGCAGCUGGUUUUUGGCUCUGCACUUUGAGCCUAGCUUUGUUAGCGAGCCGCAUUAUUAAACUCUACAGUUAUCAGCUAUUUAGUGCUAGGUAACAGACUCAUAAAGUUUCAUUCACCAAAACAGAAGCACAAAACAAGAGCCUGAGUCCAUAAACUCAUCAGGAAAUUGUUUACGGAGGUCAAAAGUCAAGCAGCAGGAGGGUCUUAGUCUCGCUUAUUGCUAUAUAAUCUUUUUUGCAGCUAGAGUAGUCGCCCCCUGCUGGACAUAAGAAAGGAUGCAGGUUUAAGGUACUUCAGCACCAGCUUCACCUUUCAGACCUGGAAGCUAUGUCCAUCUUUAAUAUACAGUCUGUGGUUCUGGUGAUGUCCUCAGCUGUAAACUUUAAGGAAAAGGAGAAAAAAGAUUUUCCUUUAUUGAAAAGAAAAAUCAUGUACUGAGAAUACUGUAAGGUAGAAAUUUAGAUUCCCUCAGAUUAAAGUAAUUUAUGAGAUAAAUAUCACAAAAAAAUCACAAAUCUACCAUCUCUGUAUAUCUGUGUGUUAAAAUGAAACCUAUGUGCUCUUUGUUAGUGAUAUUGCCUGAUAUGAUGUGUAGCUUUUUGGCUGCAGAUAAAACUCACCCAGCUCCGUGACUCGGUUGCUUUCCAUGAAGAAUCGACCUUUACCUCCUCUCAGCUUUGUUGGCAGCCUGAAAAAAAAAGAAGAGGAAACCCAAAACAUGUUUUAUUGCCAAACACAGAUGUUUGCUUCCUUCUGGGGUUUUUUUUUUUUCCCUGAUUUUUAAAUGUCUCGAUCUGAAAGGGCUGACUUUUCUCUGCGUCCUGUGAGGAGCCGUACGGGGGGAGUUUUUCAAUCCAAAAAAGAGGCGACCAGCAGCAUCAAAGUUAACCUCCCCGCUGAAUGCAUUAAUAUUAAUAUCCAUCUUCAGCCCCUCUGAUACAAAAGCAGUGACAUUCUGGAGGAUUUAAUCAUCCUUGCAUAUUCAGCAGUUAUCCAGGGGCCGUGAUUUAUUUCCAAAAACAGGGUACAGGAGGCGCUCUGGGAAUGAGAUGAUUCAUAUGUGCUGCAGCUGCAGCUGUGAUCUGUAAUAGCAGAUGGUUAUCAGUGUUUUCCUCUGAUCAGAGCUCAGCGGGAAGAAAAUCCCUCCAGUUGGAGGAAGAUACCUGCUGCCUGUGUUUGGUCUGAGCAGCUGUUCGGAGCUGAAGGUCAGCCUUUCCUUGGUCUGCUCGGCUCGCUCUGAUCGGUGAAGGAGGACUAAGAUGGAGAAAUGAACGACUGUGUCCCAGAAUUAAAGGAGGGCUUUUUCUACGUUGGUUGUGGAGGUUUCAGGCGGUUUUGUUAAAAGCUGUCGGGCGCUGAUGGUGUACCUGAAGGAGAAACGGCGGCUAAGUUGAACGUGUUUGUUUGAGAUCACCAACAUGAGCCUCAUAAACCUGAACGACUUUAUAAUUAAGUUUUAGUUUUUCAGCACUGAGCUGAAGGCCAAGCAGUUCCCGUGUGAGCAUCUCAUCUGGAUAAGUGGGAAAUGGGUUUGGUCAGCCUGUCCUGAUCACAGCGUAACAUCUGUGACCGCGGAGUCUUAAAUAUCGAUACGUCGUAUCGUUUCCCCUCACGCUCUGCUUUCUUCAAAGCUGCUCGACUCCCUGCAUGAAGAAAAACUGAUGUUAGUUCAGAUCCAAGCUGAACGGCACAAACAGCUCCAGAAGGACGUUUUUUUACAGGGUGAAAUAACUGUUUUUGUGUCACGGCUCAUCCUGAUCAGAUCUCAGUUUAAGUUCAAAUGAGCCUGGAUGUGGAGCCUCUGUUAUGAAGUGCAUGGUGAGGGUCACAAAAGCUGCAUAACGUCAAGAGUGGCAGCUGGUGAGAAGUCUAUGGAAGCUUGUUUAUGCCACUAAAAAAAAAAUUCAUCCAUCCAUAACUUGAAGUUUAAAGUUAUUAAUUUUGACUUAGUGCCGCCAAUCAGGAAGCUCUGUGAUCCCUACAUCAUUUCCUUGUUAACCAGAAGCAGGAAGCUGAAGGUAUCGGCUGUCCAACAGAUCGACAUGAAAACACUGAUUCAUUACCUUUUAUGCAGCUGUUUUGCUGGAACAAAUUUUGACCUUUGACGGUCAAAAACAUGCCGACAAUUUGUUCACGUCUGCUAGAAACUGCUAACUGUCGCUAUCCCACUUUGAGUGCGCAUGCGCUGGCAGCAUCUGCUUCUGGGUAACAAGGAAGUGACCUCUUUCUCGGGGCUUCCUGAUUGGCAGCGCUAAGCUGAAAUUUUGAGAUAUUAACAUGAAAAUUUGAGAUAUGUAACUUGAAAUUUUGACUAAUUAACUCCAAAUUUCGAGUUACAGAUAACGAUUUUUUUUUAAAAUUAUUUUAGUGGCAGAAACAAGCUUCCGUAGAGGUCAGAUUAAAUAACAAUACAAAUGUUUUUAGGGAUACUUUUGCUUUGUUUCUCCCUUUGUUGGAGAACUGCUGCGUUGUGAUCCCAUCGUUGCUGUAAAUUCUCGAUUCUUCUUCUUCUGCAGAUUUAAAUACUCGUCAGGUUUGGUCGGGGUACCUUUUUUAUUUUUAGUUAUUUAAAACCAGUUUACAUCCACCGUGUUUGGUGUUACAUCCGGUUUAGGAUUUGUCUGUUUGGCACCCAAAUGGAAACACUUAGUUAUAGAAACGUAUCCAGAGUACCAGUGGGGGUGCAGAAGAGGGCUGAUUAACUCCUGAUGGGAUGGUAAAUGCAGCUUCGGUGCAUCGCUUUGUCCUGGACGAGGCUUUGGGAUCAGAAAGUGUGCCUGUGGAGCAGCUCCUUACAGACUUAUUAAAGAUAACCGCAGACAUUAGGCUCCACUUAGUGAUUAGAAAGGUGAUAAAGUCGCCUAAAACCCGACCUUUACCUUACACAUCAAAGCAGUCCCUCAUUACGUUCUUUGAUCUUCACGUCUGCCGACUGUCCGCCUCCUCAGACUGCCACUUAUGGAGAACCAGGGUGAGUUUAACCUCUUAGCAUCCACCGAGCACCAGCGACCCGGUCAGGGUUUGGGUUAGCAGCAUGCCUGAAAGGCACAGGAGCAGAAGUGCUACACCCAAACCCUGACCAUAAAUAAUCUGGUGGAUGUUGGAGGUUAAAUGCAAAGGUCCAUCCUCACACAAGCACAGUGCAGCCUUUGUUAAAGUCUACUAUAUAAAUAUUACAUGUCUAAUCAAUGUACUGUCUGAAAGUGUAGUUAUUAGAGGAUUUUAAUCUGAAGGUGAUGAGCAGAGUAGCCUGUUAUCUUCUGUGCAUAUCUACGCUGCAUAACGUCUUAGCUUUAAACUCUUGUGCUUUAACAUUGUAGAAUCAUAGCUUUUAAAAAACAUGCAUUAUAUGAACUAACUGCAUGGUUCCUUAACUUCAGUGGUCGUCAGAGGGGGGGCGCUAGGAUUAUAUGCUGAAAUGAAAUCCAUCUAAACGAGCUCUGAUCGGAUCCUGAGGUCGGACUUUUGCUCCAGCACAGAGGGCUCCGGUCUGGAGAAAAGUCCGCUUUAGAUGGUUGAUCAUGGGUGUGUUUAAAUGUGGCUGGAAUACAUUAUAUCUUCCUCUAAUGAAUGUGUCAUUACAGCAGUAUAUAUAUAUAUAUAUAUUUUUGUACAUUUUAUGCAUCACGUAUCAUGACAUUGUUGCCUGGUAGAGAUUUUAGAGACUGGGAGAUUUAUUCUAAGACGAGGACAAAAUGCUGGAUUUAUACUUGUGUAGUUUUGUGUUGUUUGCUGCGACGGUUCAGGGUUUCAGUGGGAUGGUGCAGUUCUCACCAGCAUGGCGGAGAGGGGCUCAUUUUUAUUUUUUUCAACUGUAGAAUCCAUUCUAUCAUUUCAAAAAUAAUGAAAAGUUAUAUCUAGAGCCAGAUAUCGAUUAUUUUUGGAUAAAGGAAUAAAUCAGUGCAAUCUGCUAAUAUUAACAUCCAGAUUUAUUUUUCUCUAAGAACGUGGUGGCUCAGGUUUUAAACUGAAAACUCUGUCAGACGUUUCCGGCUCCAGAUUCACUAAAAUCAGUUCAGUCAGGAAAACUAAAGUUGAACAUCCAUUUAUUCCCACGUGUUUCAGCGCGGCUCUGUUCUGUACGGAAGCUCGUUUCCGCCACUUAAAAAAAAAAGAAAAACAGCAUCUGUAACUCAAAUUGAGCAGAAAUGAGCUUCCAUAGUUGUGGGACCACUGAGAGCGGAGCGAGCAUCAGCGUAUGUGCCGACACUUUCCCAGGUUUGUCUCCUGGGAUCUCCUGUAAUCUACAUGAACCUCAAACUCUAAUUUGAACACACAUCAGUGAGUUUUGUGAGUUUGUCUAAUGUUACCAAAGGUUCAGCCCAUCUGUGGGAGCAGCCUGGAACAUACCACCCGGGUCUCAGAGCGUGGGCAGGUUAAAUGACCCCCUCAUUCAAAAUGUGCUGGGACUGUGGAUGAGCUCGACUUCGUGGCCGGUCUGAACUGAUGAUAAACGUCAUUCAAAUGGUGUCAGAAAAUAACACGAGAUCACAGCCAUAUUAUUGACAUUGAUUUUAAUUCAGCAGCACCAGCAUUUCCACAGCUAAGACUUUAAUGCUGCACCCAGCAGCAGCAAAUUUGUUUCUCGAUGUCGUAUCCCAGUCAAAUCUGACCGCACACAGUUGUGAUCAACAGUGUUCGAUGUUCACUGCAAAGUGGAUCUGAUUAGAACUAAUGGCUCCUUUUCCCAUGUUCAUCAGUAUCAGUUAAUCCAAAAAAACUGCCUAAACCUCAGUGGAGACGUUAUAGAGUAAAACUGCUGAUGUUCGGUUUCCUUUCAGACGAGUUUUGGUGAAUCUGGAUCUGAGUCUGUAUUUCUGAGCCGAACAGGCUGAUGUUGUAGUCUGUAAAUGAUCUCAGAGCAGUCAGCCUGAACGAGCCGCUCUGCCGCUUUUGAUAAAUGAACGAUGUAUUUAACCGAUUUAGCUCGAUCAAUGAAACAGUACCAGCUGAUGUAUUACUGAACGUGAAUAACGUGAUGUGUUUGCACUUUGAUCACUGUGUACCUGGUACUAUGAAUCAGCAGCGAUGCGUGUUUAUGGAAACAGGAUUUUUGAUGAAAUGAUGUGCGCUGUGAAAAGUUUCCCUCCUGACUGCUGAUCCGAGUCACGAGUCCUAAAAUUAGGUUUGAUUAGUCGGUACACAGAGUGGAAUCACUUCACUGCUGACCUGCCUUACUUCAAAAUGCUGGACACAAAAAUCGCUCUAAAAAAUAUUAACGUGACGAAGUUUAUUCACCUUUCAAGAUGGAUUUUUUUCCAGCGUCGAGAACAAAAAAUAAAUACGGAGCUCCUGAUGUUCUUUUUUUAUGUUUCUGAUGUUUGUAUUUUUGUGCCAGUUUUAGAGGUAAAAGGCGUCGCGUCUGUGAGUCACAGUGACAAACUUGCUAUAGCUCGGCUUUGUUUCCAACACACUGAUGAUUUUAACCACUAGAUGGCGCUGAGGCUCCUGCUGCUGGUUCAGGAAAUGCUUCCUGCUUCAUUUCUCUCACAUCUCAGUGAGGAAACUCAAACAUUUGUCAAAAAUGACACAAUUUCUCAUUUCUGGGGCCACAAGUGGACGUUAGAGGAACUGCACUUUGUUGGCUGUGUGUGUGUUGAACCCUGGUGGAGCUGUUUGGUCCGCUGAGAUAGGAAGUUUGAGUUUCGGUCAUCUAAUCACUCAAUUAAUUUGGUCUUAAAAAUGUGUGAAAAGUAAACGUCGGAUCCAAACCUCCGAGUUUGUUUCCAAGAAUGUUAAACGGAGGAAAGCAGAAAACUUGGACCCAGUUUGAUUUUAUUUUCAUAAAGCAUGCGGUCCCUGCAGAUCAUUUCUCUGAACGUCUGCAGCUGCAGAGCCUCAGCGCUUCAUUACAAAGCCUCUGCUGAAAUAGAAAAAUGUGCGUUGAGAUUAAAGUGUUUCUAUCGAA